AUGAUUUACGUACUUGAGACAAUAGCACUUAUCUCGGCGCUGAUCAUUGUGCGGCCGUCGCUAUAUCUCACUGCUGCCUCAGCUGGCGUCAUUGUUUUUGCAUUCAUAUUUUACUCAAUUAUUGGGCGAAUUGGUACCAGAAUGGCCGAACAAGCUGUGAUGAAACAGGACAGGCUUCUGCUUAGUGGUAAUGCGAACAGCACUUCCGAUCAGAAAAACACAUCCGCGUGA